AGGUGCCGGUGAAUCCCCUGGGGCUCUUGUUGAAAUGCACAUUCUGAUCAACGGGUCUUGGGCGGGCCCGGGACUCCGCAUUUUUAACCAAUUCCUGGCCCACACCCAGUGGCAAAGACUGACACUGCCGGGACCCGGAGUGUUGUUCUACAGCAGCAACCACAGCGGCUUCCGACCGCAGCCACGGACAGCUCCCGGGUCAACCUACUGAGGCCAACGGCCGCCGCACGGAGGUCCCCGGGGCUCAGUCCCGCCCCUCCGAGGCCCUCGCCGCGCCCGGAAUUUGACUCCCUGCUCACGUGGGCGCCGCGUCACGUGAGGCCGCCGCCCAAUCGCGGCGCGCGUUCUGUCCUGCUGGUGGCGGGCGCGGGGAGAAGUGGCGGGGGGCACCAUGGCCGAGGGGCCGCAGUCCCCCGGCGGUGCCGUGUGCCCGACCGCCUACCCCGACGCCCCCGCGGAAUUCCCCCCUCACCUCCAGGCCGGCGCGAUGCGGCGCCGCUUCUGGGGAGUGUUCAACUGCCUGUGCGCCGGCGCGUUCGGGGCCCUGGCCGCCGCCUCCGCCAAGCUGGCCUUCGGCAGCGAGGUGAACAUGGCCUUCUGCAUCUUAGGCGUCAUCAUGAUGGCGACCACCAAUUCUCUGAUGUGGACGUUCUUUAGCCGGGGCCUCAGUUUCUCCAUGUCUUCGGCCAUUGCGUCUGUCACGGUGACAUUUUCAAACAUCCUCAGCUCGGCCUUCCUGGGCUUUGUGUUGUAUGGAGAGUGCCAGGAGGUCUUGUGGUGGGGAGGCGUGUUCCUCAUCCUCUGCGGACUCAGCCUGAUCCACAGGAAGCUGCCCCCCAGCGGGAAGGCCGCCGAACGCAAGCAGCAGUAACAGCAGGUGCCGGGGGGACCCGCCAGAGAGACAGCACAGCGGCCCGGGUGCGGGAUGGCGUGUGGGGACCACCUCCCGGGCCUUCUGACCAUCGGCCAGGUGGAGAUGUUCCUGAGGGAAAUGGGCCCCUGACCCAGCAGGCUCGAGGGUGGCCCGCCGCAGCUUCUGGAAGGGGAAGGACAGGCGCACGCGUGUUCGGCCUGAAGCCUUCUCGAUACACAUGGGUGGUGCUUUCAAUGCUCACAACCCUGACCCCCACCCCAGCGCCCCGUGGCAGACGCUGGAGACCCCGGGGUCGGUCUGUGGGGUGUCGGGCCUCGAGACCGCGCUGUAAUUGCAAUCCUGUGGCCGGACGGAGGGUCGGCAGGUGACACUGGGGUGCGUUCCGGGGGAGCUUUCCGACACCUCCACGCGGCUGGACCGGGGUACCUGCGUCAUGCUUCUGCAGUUCAGCGAGGGAAGGGAAGCUGGAUUAAUAAAUCUUUUGGUUUGUAAGUGAAAA